AUGACAGGACCCUCCACAAUGAAAGCGUGGCUCUACACCAGCACCACAGGCGGCCUCGAGAAAAACCUCACCCUCAACCCCUCUGCCCGCACCCCAGUCCCAGCACCCUCACAACUCCUCAUCCAAGUCCUCUCCGCUUCCAUCAACCCAGCCGACUACAAGGUCCCAGAAAUGCCAAUCGUGCCCCGCGUUCUGGUAUCCACGCCUGCUUCUCCGGGGAUGGAUUUUGCAGGGCGCAUAGUUUCUACCGGUGCGGAGGUCAGUGAAUUCGAAGCUGGGCAGUUGGUGUAUGGGACGACGGGUAUACCGACGCAGUUCGGGUCUUUGGGGGAGUAUAUGGUUGUUGGGAAGGAUAAUGUCGCUGCGCUGCCGGAAGAUGUGGAGCCUGAUCAAGCGUCUACGGUGGGAGUUGCAGCACAGACGGCAUAUCAGUCUCUCGUGCCGUAUGUUUCGAAGGGGGAUAGGGUGUUUAUCAACGGUGGUUCUGGGGGAUGCGGAAUUUUCGCGAUUCAAUUUGCCAAGGUCGUUGGAUGUCAUGUUACUACGACCUGCUCGUCGCGGAAUGUGCAAUUUUGUAAGGACUUGGGGGCGGAUGAGGUUAUCGACUACACAGCGGAAAAUGUCGUGGGUGUUCUGAAGGGACAGGGCCAAGUGUACGAGCAUGUCAUUGACCAUAUUGGUCUCCCCGAGAAUCUCUAUAGCGAGAGUGACUCGUUUCUACGACCUGGAAAGGCGUUUGUGCAGGUUGGUGCAGUGUCACUCUCCAUCUUUGUCAACAGGCUGGUUUGGCCUGGUUUCUUGGGCGGAGGGAAGCGGAAGUAUGUCAUCUUCAUGAUGAAGCAUAAGAAGGAGGAUAUCACCCAGAUUGGACAGUGGAUGCAACAAGGAAAUGUCAGAGCUGUGAUUGACAGCACUUAUGAAUUUGAGGAUGCAGUCAAAGCAUUCGAGAAGCUUCGUACCCAACGGUCCAAGGGGAAGAUCAUCAUUCAUGUUUCUGAAUAA